ACCACCACUCAACCACCUGGCCACGCCACCACCCACCCCCGUCGCCCCGUUCCCCCAAACGCAAACCCUAAUUUGUCCUUCGCAUCUGCCUUCCCGUACCAAAAACCCAUGGCUGCCGCAGCCGGAUCGCUGGAGCGAUGGGCCGGCCCGCCGCUGCCUCGGUCGCGGAAGACCGUCCCGGGCCAGCCCUGGUCCGACCUCGAGACCGCCCACCUGAUCGACGCCUACGAGGAGAGGUGGUACGCCCUGAAGCGCGGGCAGCUCAGGGCCCAGCAGUGGGAGGAAGUCGCCGCCGCCGUCGCCGCCAGAUGCGGCCUCGAGGAACCCUCCAAGACCGGCACCCAGUGUCGCCACAAGAUCGAGAAGCUUCGAAAGCGGUACCGCGCGGAGCGGCAACGCCCCGUCGCCUCUGCCUGGUCCUUCUUCGGCCGCAUGGACCGCAUGGAGGGCGGCCCCCUCCCUAUCGCCGUACGCCCACCGGCUGCGGCUGGGCGUGCUCUGGACGUUCGCUCCACCGACGACGAAGACGAGGAAGAAGACGAGGAGGUUGAGAGAAUUGAAAACAACGUUCGGAGUAUUAAUGGAAUCCUUCGGGGGCCUCACCGGGGCCCUUCUAGGAUUUCCAGGAAUCACGUUCCUCCCAAAAGGAGACAUUUUGAGGUGGAAGAAGAGGAGGCAGAUGAAUCCAAUGAGGAAGAUUCAGAGGGUGAAGCUCUAGGCAGUGGCAAAAAGAUCAUGUCGCAUCUGUCUGCUGUUGUGAGAGGGUUCAGUGAGGGCUUGAUGAGGAUUGAGAAGCGAAGAAUGGAAUUGUUGAGGGAGCUAGAAAGAGACUGGAUGGAGAUGCAAAGGAAGCAGACCCAUAUGAUAAGGGAGUCAGAACAGUGCCUCUUAGACAUGAUUGCUGAUGCUUUCGCUUCUACCAAGAAAGCAAAGAAGUCAUAGGAUUGGAAGGGCACUAAACAAGGUCAAGCAAACUCACACACUAGCCCUUUGUUAUUUACAUCUCUGUUAACAAUAAUUAGAUUUUGGAUGCUGAUGAGUCAUAUCAUUGAGCCUUCAUUUGUUAAUUUAUGCUCAAGAAGUUUUUUCACCAUAGCCUCUUAAUUUUCUUCUAUACCAAUCAAUAGUUUGGAAUUGUAGGGUUGAAUAACAGUACACUAUUGCUGUUAAUUGCAUCUCAGGGAUUGAAUUCAUUUAGGAAGGCAAAUUUCUUUCUUGUUCUAGGAAGGGGUAAACACUAGAUUCUUGGAGAAUAAAGCAUAGAUUGGUGAAUUUUCGGUUGUGACAUUUGAAAAAACAGAUCUAUUACUUCCUUUAUAAACAGUACGGGUAUCUAUUGGCUGAAAGCUAUCGCACUAUUAAAACUAUAAGGAUUUCAUUUGCCAAAGUUAGAGAUGAGUUUUUCUCAAGUCUUAAAUGGAGAAAGAGUUAUGUUCUUUAUGUGAUGAUAUGAAUGUCUUUUUCUAUUUAAGCAAUCAAAGUCUAUCAGUUUCAAGUUUUCAAUAGAUUUGGGUUUCAACUCAAUCUGUUUGCAUGAUAUCACUAACCCAAAACUGACGCAUCAACUUGAACUACUACUGCACAAGGGUAUCAUGGCGGAGAGUCUUAGACAUUGGUAUAUUUUACAUGUCAUCUUUUCUCAUGUCUUUUGCUCAGUACUCGAGGUUGGAGACAUGAACUUACCUCUUCAUUAAACUCUGUGUAAGAUCUAUUAUUGCAUCCAAAUCUUAUUGUUUAUGCAAAUGAAGAAGCAUAUUCCAAUAUAGAUGAUUGUUCCAUCGAUGUUUGCUCACACUUUUGUUGCAUAUGAUCCAAAACAUACUAAGACUUUGUAUGGUACUUAUAUGUGGAGUGUAUACAUUGUGUAAUACAAAGUUUAAAUUAUUCUAGUCAGCAUUUGAAU